AUGAUCAAAAUAAAUGGGCCCGAAGAUAAGGUAGAUUACGUGGAAGACGGAUUAGUUCAGGUAGAUAAAAUGAAGGAAAUAGCAUCCUACAUCGCAGAAGGAGCCAAUGCGUUCUUAACAAAGGAAUACCAAUAUUUAAUAGUGUUCAUUAUUGUAUUUUCCGGUCUGCUGGCGUUGUUUGUGAGUUACUACACAGCGAUUAGUUUCGUGUUGGGCUGCUUAACGUCCAUAUUGUGUGGUUACAUAGGUAUGAAAAUCGCAGUAUAUGCCAAUGUAAGAACGACAAAUGAGACAUGGAAAAGCUUGGAUAGGGGAUUCAAAGUGACCCUGAAUGCAGGUACCGUUAUGGGAUUUUCCCUAGUAUCGUUUAGCAUUAUAGCCUUAGGACUGCUUAUAUAUGUUUAUAAGACCUUCGUUUUUAAAGGCGUUGCAGUGGAGUCCAGCGUUUACAAGGCAAUUGCUGGAUUCGGUUUGGGAGGCUCCUCUAUAGCAUUAUUUUCAAGAGUAGGAGGAGGUAUAUACACCAAGGCAGCAGAUGUGGGUGCCGACUUGUCAGGAAAAAAUGAAUAUGGUAUUCCAGAAGAUGAUAUAAGAAAUCCAGCCUGUAUAGCAGAUAACGUAGGAGAUAAUGUUGGAGAUAUGGCAGGAAUGGGUGCAGAUUUAUUUGGAUCUCUAUCCGAAAGUUUAUGUGCAGCUUUGGUUAUCGGAUCAUCUGUACUAAGUUUAAAGGAAGAAACCAACUUUAACAUAAAUCAUUGUAUAAUGUACCCAUUAACAUUUUCCAGUGCCAGUAUCAUUGUCAGUAUGCUAACCUUUUUCAUUGUCACAAGAGCAGUCAAGGUAGUCCAAAAAAAAGACGUAGAAAAGACCCUAAAAUAUUUACUAUUCGUAUCCACCAUAUUGCAGUCCAUAGCUAUAGUCGUAAUUGGGUACUUUUCCCUCCCCCUUGUGGUUAAGUACAAUUUGUUGACAGAAAUUCAGAGAUGGAAAAUCAUCGUUCCAGCGUUGGUUGGCUUAUGGUCAGGACUGAUAAUUGGAUUUACAACCGAGUUUUACACCUCAUACUCGUUUAGCCCAGUUCAAGAAAUAGCCAACACACAGAAGGUAUCAGCAGCGACGGGUAUCAUAUAUGGAUUAUCCUUAGGAUAUAAAAGUACCUUCAUUCCAAUAAUUUGCUUAAGUGCCACCCUUGGUGUUUCCUAUGGUUUGUGUGACAUAUACGGCAUAGCCUUAGCAGCCGUAGGUAUGUUAAGUACGCUGUGUAUUUGUCUAACGAUUGAUGCUUAUGGACCUAUAUCAGAUAAUGCUGGUGGUAUUGCCGAAAUGGCUGGUCUCCCAUCAGAAGUUAGAGCAAGAACGGAUAUCCUUGACGCAGCAGGAAAUACAACAGCAGCAAUUGGUAAAGGUUUCGCCAUUGGAUCCGCCGCCUUAGUCGCCUUUGCAUUGUUUGGAGCAUACGCAAGUAGUGCCAACUUACGCCAUGUGAAUAUCCUAAACCCAUGGGUCAUUAUAGGACUACUCAUUGGAGCCAUGUUGCCAUAUUUAUUCUCUGCCCUAACGAUGAAGUCGGUUGCUAUAGCUGCGAACAGUGUUUUGAAUGAGUGCCUAGCCCAAUUUCCUUUAAUCUUAGCGGAUAAGCAGAAACCUAAUUAUGAAAAAUGUAUCAAAAUAUCAACUGAUGCUUCUCUACGACAAAUGAUUGUUCCAGGCCUGAUUUCCGUUUUUUCGCCCCUAAUCAUUGGUGCUCUGAUGGGAAAAUAUGCCACUGCUGGAUUGUUAGUUGGUAUUAUUUUAUCCGGAAUUCAGCUAGCCUUUUCGUCUACAAAUUCGGGGGGCGCGUGGGAUAAUGCAAAGAAGUAUAUCGAGUCGGGUGCUCUAGGAAGAGAACAUUGCAAAGGAUCCAGUGCCCACAAGAACUCAGUCAUUGGAGACACCGUUGGAGAUCCUCUAAAGGACACCUCAGGACCAUCGCUAAACAUUUUAAUUAAAUUGUCAGCCAUCACUUCGCUCGUUUUCGCCGGCGUGAUUGCCAAUAAUUUCACCUCCAGAGGGGGAGGUCCCAUCUGGCUAUGA